ACUUGAAAAACAUUGUACCUUUCAUUCUUAUCAUAUGCUUAUACUGAGCAACACCAGUGCCUUUCUCUGCCUUCUCACUGCCUGUCUCGCUGUCGCAUUCAGCACAGUGCCUCGGGUGAAAUUUUCUUCAUUCUUCUUCUUCUUCUUCCGCCUUGGUUUUCUUCUCUCACUCUAUGUCUCUCUCAUAAAGAAAUAAUCUUCUUCUUGCUUGCUUCCUUGCUUGUUUUGUUUCGCUGUUGUCUCGGUCUUCUCUCUCUCUUUACCCUCGCCGCUGUUCUUCUCUCAUGCUCCCUCUUAGUUAGGUGGAGCAAGUUCUCGCAGAUUUCGCAGUAACUAAUGGGUCGCGAAGUGAUCGAUUCGAGGAAGAAGCAGUGAGUGAGCGUUGGGGGGAGAAAGGAGCUCGUGUUUACCAGGUCAGUAGUCGCCAAACACGAGCACCGUGUUAUCGUGUUUUCCAGCGCUCACAUCCCCGGGAAUCUGGAACAAAAUGAGACGAAGGUAGAGGCGAGCGAGUGAUAGAUAGCUUUGGUACCUUGCCGGGAAGGAGGAAAGGAACGCUAGAUUCUCGAGAGCUCCACGAAGAUCUAAGAACUUGAAAGCAAAGGAUACAGAGUUAGAACCGAUAGCUCACCAGCACGGAGGAUGUGUUCUUGCUGGUCCGCUUUUGGGUCGGCUCUGGGACGAUGCGUCGGCAAGCAUCGAGAUAACGGCAGCGUGACCCCAAGCACAGAUCACCCGGAUUCGCCUGCGGAGCAAACCCCACAGACCCAGCGCAAGAAAUCCUUCUCCUCCUCCGACGUGCUGCCCUCCACUCCCAGGUCCGGAGAUGAGAUCCUCCGCCAGAGCUCCGGCCUCCGCGUGUUUAGCUUCGGUGAUCUCAAGUCCGCUACUCGGAACUUCCGGCCGGAUAGUUGGAUCGGGGAGGGCGGCUUCGGCCAUGUUUUCAAGGGGUGGAUCGACGAGAAUGGCACGGCCGCUGUUCGGCCCGGCUCGGGUUUAACUGUAGCAGUGAAGCAGCUGAAUCCGGAAGGAUUCCAAGGCCACCGAGAAUGGCUGGCGGAGGUGAAUUUUCUCGGCCAGCUUCACCAUUUCAAUCUCGUAAAGUUGAUUGGUUACUGCGCGGAGGACGAGCAUCGACUUCUUGUCUACGAGUUCAUGCCUCGCGGUAGCCUGGAAAACCAUCUAUUUCGCAAAGGAUCAUUGCCUCUAACUUGGGCGAUUCGAAUGAAGGUCGCAUUGGGAGCCGCGCAAGGCCUCGCCUUUUUGCAUCGGGAAGCUGUGAUCUAUCGCGACUUUAAAACUUCCAACAUCCUGCUAGACCAUGACUACACGGCCAAGCUCUCGGAUUUCGGCCUCGCGAAAGAUGGCCCGGAAGGAGACAAGACGCAUGUUUCCACACGAAUCAUGGGAACUUACGGCUACGCAGCUCCCGAGUACGUGAUGACUGGUCACUUGACAGCCAGGAGCGAUGUUUACAGCUUUGGAGUUGUCUUCCUGGAGAUGCUAACUGGCAGACGAUCCAUGGACAAGUCUAGACCCACUGGCGAGCACAACUUGGUGGAAUGGGCCAGGCCUUAUCUCCACGACAAGCGCAGGAUCUUCAGACUGGUGGAUCCAAAGCUCGACGGCCAGUGCCCCAUGAAAGCCUUCCAAAAGGCCGCUCAGCUCGCCGCGGCUUGCCUCAGUCGGGACGCAAAGUCGAGGCCGGAUAUGAAGGAGAUUGUUCGUCACCUGGAGCCUCUGCAAGUCACAAGCGACAUCACGGGUCAGCUCCAACCUCUAAACUACAACACAAAUCCAUACCCGAGCUCCAGGCCGAGACCACUGAUUGUAAACGGGAACUUCAGCCACCAUGGGAAUAACAACUCGCCAAAGGGACAUACUCAUCACCAUAGAAAUGGCUUUCCAAGUCCUGCCAGUGGUGGCGGAGCUCCAAACCAGCAAAGAUACCAGGCCUCGCCCAGGCGAUCACCCGCACGCUUCAACAGACGAUGACGAUGAAGAAAGAGUUGGAAUCUCCCUGGACUCUUUUUUAUAUCCUAUAUAUAUGUUACAGCAUACAAGGUCAGUGAGAGGCUGAUCGAAUAAGCAUUGAAGGAUUACCUCGAGAAUGAAGCUGCAAGAUAUGUACAUAUUGGUUUCGAGAAAAGUCGAGCCAACUCUGAUUUCCAAAAAGACACACACGACGAGAAUAUAUUACAAACAAAUGAAAGUUUCAUGGCU